ACAAUCCCCGUCAGUAUCGUUUAAACACUUUAAGCUAUAACAUACUUGUUAUUAUCUGGUUCUGCAAGAUUUAAAUCCUUAUAUAGAAAUUUAAGUGAAUCAAUGAAAAUGGGAGAUUAUUCUAAAUGUGAAUGAGAAAAUGAGGUAGUGAUCAUUCAGAUCUCUAAAAUCAAAAGAUCUGUGAGGCAGUUGAAGAUGAAGGAACAGCUGAUGCUGAUUUUGUUGUUAGGCAUUGCUGGGUAUCUUUACUUAACACCAUGCCAGGACAGUUUGAAUGUUAGGCGGUUUGGAAAGCCUAACUACUUGAGAUCCCGGAGAUAUAAGGUUGAACCUUCUCCUUGUUCAAGAGCUACCCGGAGCACUCAUCCAAGGAGGUUCUUCCAUGAACCCUCUCCUAGUUCAAUAGGUACACGGAGUAUUCAUUCCAGUAGAUUCUUCCCUGAACCUUCUCCUGGUUCAAGAGGUACUCGGAGCACUCAUCCCAGGAGGUUCUUUCCAAUAGAGGUUGAAUAUAAUUUUCAUGAUGUUAUGAUGGCUCUAGUUCACCCUGACCAAAUAUUUCAACCAGUCCAGAACAAGGCUGUUGAAUACAAGAGACCAGUUUACCCGACUCCUCCGGUACAGUACGCUUCUUCUCAUGUACCGGACUUUAAUCCGCAUGAACAGCACACUACUCCGCAUGUACAGCACUCUUCUCAUGGUGCUUUCCCUGUUCAAACUUUGAUACCCUAUAACCAUUUGACCAAUGUCUUAAGUCCAUUCUCUUUUUCUCUCACCCACCUUGAGGAUUAUAAAGAAACAAAUCUUUCCUCAAACAAUGCGUUCAGAAGUUUCCCUCAGGAAAUGGUGAAGGUUAUAUCUGAUGGAUUGAUGUUCACUCAAAAAUUCCAGGAGACUAUGAGUUUAAGUACGGAUUCUCAUGAGAUGAUUCACCACCUGGAACCUGGAAUUCAGAAGCAUGGACUCGACUUCUUUAAAGGGGCAGAAAUGAUGAUUAAUCCAACUACGUUCUUUUCUGGGAUUCAGAAGAAUAUAGAAGAGUAUUAUAGGGUACCCAGAACAGAGUUGGAGAUUAGAAGUUUCCAAGCAAAUAUCCAAGAGAGAAUUGUCCAGUUUAGUGAAAUCUUCUCUUAUGGUAAUCCUGUUUCCUCUGUUGCUUCUUCUUCUCCUAUCACAGAUGGCAGAAGUGAUCAUAAACCUCUUAUUGCAGCUUCUGCCUUCGUUGCUAACAACCUUGAUAUGACAAUACAUGAUGCUGAACAUAUGGAGGAUAUGAUUAUUGCUAUGAAAAAGAAGGAAGAAAUAAUCGAUUUUUUCAUUGAAACUCUUUUCUCGGAACAAAAACUUCUAUCGGGAAUCAAACCUGAAGCAAAAAACCACAUCAAACCAAACGUAUUGAAUCAGGGCAAACUUGGUUCUCUACCUGAAAUACUUUUAACUAAAGAUGUGCAUAAACCUGUUGAUACAUAUAUGCACUUGAAUGCUUCAAUGCUUACUGAUGUCUCAGCAACCCCCUCAAGACCAGUUAUUACUUUAACACCACUGGAAAGUCAAAGACCAAGUGCAACUAUACCAGUUGCUACUCCAAGACCAUUACAAAUCAAAUCAUCAGGAGCAGCCUCUAGACCAGUUUCAACUCCAAGACCAGUAACAACUCCAGGACCAGGAGCAACUCCAAGACUAUUAGCAACUCCAAGGUCUUUAGCGAUUUCAGGACCAGUGGUAACUCCAAGAACAGUAAACACACAAAGAACAGAUAACUCCCCAAGAUCAGCAGCAACUUUAAGACCAGAAGUAACCCAAAGAAUAGCAGCAGUACCAGGAGCAGGAGAAACUUCAAGACCAGUAACUACACCAAGGCUAGCAUUAACUCCAAGACCAGAGGGAACCCCAAGAUCUGAAGGAACUUCAAGACCUGUAGCAAUCCCAAGAUCAGCUGAAACUUCAAGUGGUGCAGAUAUUGCCAGACAAAACCCCAAAACAACAAUACCAAUAAUAGAAAACAUUAGGCCAGAUGGUAUAAAAUCAGAAAAAAAAGACUUCAGGCAUGGUCAUUUUUCUGGACAACCUGCAAAGCCUGUUGUUAUUUCUAUACAAGAUCUUAACAUACCCCACCACAACUACGUAGCUAAAAUAGAAAAAACCCCAACUGAAUAUGAUCAUAAUAAUAUUCUGGACAACUUCUUAGAUGACCUAGUGUUACAAGAUUCAUCUUCUGAAAGUUUUGGAGACGCUCAGGUUACAAAUCAAAAUGAUGCAUCACAUGAAAAGCCCAAUGACACUCAAUAUGAUUCCAUGGCAAAAUCUAGCUUUGACAUGAUGCUGACAUCAUUUUUGAAUAGUCUUCUACCAUUAUACAACAAUGAUGAUUAUGAGAUAAAUUCUGAUGCCAUGUUAAAAACAGUAAAAACUGACCUGAUGCACACAAUGGCUGAGCUUGGUUCAGAAAAUCUCAACCAUUUAGUGGUUCUGAAGAACGAUAAAGUCACUGAUGUUAAGAUCAAUGAUAUGAUAACAAAUGGAAUUUUGGAAGUAUCAGACUCAAAGGUUGAAGUAACUGAGGAGCUAUUUGUAUCCAUGUUCUCAAGAAACCACAGUGGGUCUGAUUUUCUCAAUUCUAAGCAAAAUGCUGCCGAUGCAUCAAAUUAUCAUGGAAAUAAAUUCAUUUUUUUACCCAUACAAAAGCCUCCUGUAAAUUCUCAUGAUGAAUCCAAUUUGUCUGCUCCAUCACAGCAGAUUAUUAAGGUUCCAGCUGAACUUGACAAUAAAUCUUUUGUGCAACCUUCUGGUGUUGUCAAGUCCAGAUAUAAUUAUGAUGUAAUACUACUGAAUCCAUUUAGCAUUGAUCAAUCACCUGACCAGCAUUACAGUCCAAAUUUACCAGUUUCUUUAUCACCACAGUCAACUUCAGAUUUAUCUGGAGAAUCUGUUGGUUUGGUAACCAAGUCUUCCGUUCUUGGUUCAGAUAAAACUGCCACUGUGAACAAUAGAGAGAAAAAUCAAUUUAAUUUCAAAUUGAGAAAAGGCCUUGGCAAGUUUCGUGAUGGUUUUAAAACUAAAAUGAAGUUUGGUUUUGCAAACUACUCUAAAGAGACAGAUUCAAACCUGAAAGACAAGAAAAAUCUUUUAAAAAGUUCAUUAAAUGAUAUACCAACUUUGGUUGGCUCAAAUCAAAAUAAGAAUAUAGUUAUAAAAAGCAAUUCACUAACUACGGUUUCUUAUGUCUUUCCAACACCUGCCACCAUAUCAGCUUCCACAGAUGCCACAUCACUGCCAACCGAUGCCACAUCACUGUCAACUGAUGCUACAUCAUUAUCAACAGAUGUCACAUCAUUAUCAACAGAAGUCACAUCAUUAUCAACAGAUGCCACAUCACUGUCAACCGAUGCCACAUCAUUGCCAACAGAUGCCACAUCAUUGCAUACAAAUGUCACAUCAGCACCAUUCAUGUUUACAUCUUACCCAUCUGAUUUCACUAUAAACUCUGUAGAUAUCACUAAUGAUCUUACAGCUACCACCAACAUAUUUGAUGAAACAACAUUCUUUCCUGAAGAUACUUAUGAUGUCUCUGAAGAUAUGAAAGAUGUCUCUGAAGAUGUUACUCUUAGCUUAUAUUAUGAAGCUGAUAUGACUGAAGAUACCCUAUAUGUCACAGAUAAUGAAAAUGAUGUUGACUAUAUAUUAAUCCCUACUACUGAAGAUUCCACAUUAUCUGCUGAGAUGUAUGAAUCCUUUGAGGACAAACUUUCUUUACAAAAUCAUGUGCCAUGUGAAAAUAACACAUCACACAUAUCUCACUGCAAAUUCCAAGAAGAAACUGACCACGUUAGCAUUGAAUCUGAUCUUGAGCAACUACUGACAACAUCUAGUAGAGACCCUGGAAGUUCUGAAAGUAGUGUGAUCAGCACUGAAAGUUCUUCAGAAAAGCUUCUGAAUAUGUCUAAGCAACUUUUAAAGCAGUUAACCAUGGCAACUCUUGGAGAUUCAAAGUUGGAACAACUUCCUGACUUACUUGAACAAAUAUUUCGACAAUUAGGUUUAAAUGCUGCUUCCACAACAGAGGUAGCCUCAACCUCAACUUCUACGUCGACAAGAGCAUACAGAGCUAAAAACUUUAAGCAUAGGGUGCUCUCAAGCUACUAUGAUAAAAACGGAGAUAUUGAGGAAGAGAGUGUGGAGGAAGUGGAAGAAGAUCUGAAGAUGGGACUCCUGGCGUCUCUUCGUAGUCAGAUUAUAACUAAUGCUUUAGAGGAUCGUAAUAUAAUUGCUAAAGCUGCAAAUGUGAUGAGAUAUUUUCCAGGAAGGAGGAUCUCGAGUAAAUCUUUGAGGAACUUUUACAAAACUGGUGGAAGUGUUGAAUCUUCUGAAGCUAGUGCUGAUCUUAAGAAAGAGCUGCAGGAUAAACUAGCUGCAGAGUUAAACGCAACUCUACGAGACCAGCUGCAGAGUCUGAAGCAAAGGGUUGAGGAAGAGUACUCGGAAAAAGCAGGUUACGAGAAAGAUGUUGUUAAUUCUGUUAGAAAACAGCUGGAGAUAUUUACAUCAGCGCUCAGAACACAAUCUGACAGAAAACCCGCGAAUAUGAAUUCAAAAAUAGAUGAAUCUGAAACUGAUUUGACCAAGGCCCUCGAGGCUCAGUUGAGAUCUUUUUAUGCAAACUUACUGUGAUUAUUCCUUUAUAUGAAAGUACGUUGUACAAUGUACAUUGUACACAAUGUACAGAAUACUAUUUACAAAUUAAGCCUGUGUAUUCAUGACUUAAACCUAGAUAUGUAAAUAUGUUACUUGACUCAAAUCAAAUAAAUUUCUGAAAAUUA